GUUUUCCUGCGUCACCACAGGCUCUGCCGCUCUUCCUGUACGUGAGCCUUUCCCCUUUUUCCCCGCUGCGUGUUCCCCGCCAUGGCGCGCUAGCGAUUUGUCGAGGGACAAGCCACAGUUUUCUGAUUUGGUGAGCUCGGCCCCUACCGGACGAAAGGAAGCGGUCAUCAGAGGUCCGACGUACGUACGCACACCCACGACUGAGAGAUCUGACGGGUGAGCCCAAAAGGGAGGGUCGAUCGAGGAAGCGGAGGCGGGAGGGGGCCACAGGGGUAGAUCUAGGCAGAGGGGGUGGGUGUGAGGGGCGGGGAGGGCUGGGGAGGCGUGUGGGUGCGUGUGCGUGACGACCGGAGCGAGAUGUUGUGUCUAUCUCUGUGUGGUUUUCGGUGUGGGUAGGUACCUAGGUAUACUGGUGUGGGUAUCCCUUUCGCAUCAAGGUAGCGAAGCUGAAGGCUUCACGGGGCGUCCGCUCGACGGUACGCACAUUCCGCUCACGACCAGACGACACGUGUUCGUUGACAAAUGUGGCCUGCUUGUCUGUGUCUGUCUGUCGCCUCUGUCAGGUUAGGAGGGUCAGUAGUUGCAGCUCGUCGCGCCUUGCCGCGCUCCCAGUAGCUCCCCAGCCAUGCCGAAGGAGCACAUCCUGAUAGAGCGCUAUGCCAAGACGAAGCUGUGUCCCUUCCAGCCGCAGGGCAAGUGCAAGAAGGGAGACAAAUGCAAAUACGCCCACAGCACCGACGAACUCAGACCCAUGCCCGGUGCGUGGCUGGACCUGACUGACCUGGAACACAACACAACACAACACAACACAAAGCACAACACGCCAUACCACAGCCAGACAGACGGAGCGAUGGAUGGAUGGAUGUGCCUCUCUCUCUCUCUCUCUGUGUAUGUGUGUGUGUGUGUGUGUGUGUGGUGAUGGAUCCGUCAGAUCUGCGCAAGACCAAGAUGUGUGUCCGUUUCAUGGAGGGCGGCUGCAACGACCAGUUCUGCAACUUCGCCCACUCGGCCGAGGAGCUCCGCGCCACUCCCGACCUCUUCAAGACCGCCAUCUGCCCCAAGUGGCAACGCGGCGAGUGCAGAAACCCCGACUGCAGAUACGCACACGGCGAGAUGGAGCUGAGGCCACGCGCCACACUCGAGGCCAGCCAGAACCUCCCCGUCGACAACACGCGCCUGCAGCCGCAUGCGACGUUUGCCGGAGGGGCGACUCUGCGUGAGUUCGCCAAUGCGAGCAACAGCGGGAUGACGCCCAACCCCUGGAGCCCUUUCGACGGCUCCCGGCCGCUGGUGAAUGUGUCGGCGCUGCCGGCCCGCCAGCGGGCCAACUCGUCGGUGACGUCAAGUCCUGGGUUUGGAGCUGAGUCGCCAUGCAGCCUCUUCUCCGUCGACGCCAUCACCGCCCUCACAUCUGGCAACGGCCAUGGGAAUGGAAACGCAGCCGCCACUGUCACAGCUGUCGUCGCACCCCCCUACCCCCCGCCGCGACCCACACCCACACCCACACCCGCACCGGUCCCCGCCGCCCCGACGCACAGCUACCCCACCACACAAGAUGUGGUGGCACAGCCCAUGAACCUGGCGAGCGUGCAGGGAGGCCUCUUCAGCAGCGGCCAUCACCAGCACCACCAGCAGCAGCCUCAGGGUGUCUCGCGUCCCCAGUGUGGCGGAGGCGUCCACACCAAUGGCGGCGGGAUGCUCUCGCCCUCGCUCGCCUCGCAGUUUUCGACCGCCAGCACGUCGGUCAGCCGGCCGCCCCCCAUCCCCACCCAUCCACCACGAUUCAUGUCCCCGGAGCUCGGCACCCCGCCCCCGGAGCCUCUCUUCUCCCACCACUCGCAAUGGGUCGAUGAGUCCUCGUCGCGUUCGAGCGUUGCCGAGGCCGAGCCGGAGCUGCUCGACGCUGAGGCGGCGAGUGAGGGCUCCACGCGUGAGGGCACAGAGGGCGGCGGUGCGGGCGGGGUGAGUGUCAGCCUGCCGUUCCUCGACAGCCUGGCGGGGCCGCGGGGGACGCUGUGGCUGAGCCAUCCGAAGGGCGAGAUAGAUGAGGGCAGUGGUCGCGCUGGUGCUGGUGCUGGUGCGGCGGGUUGCGGACCCGAGGGCGGUCCGUCAAUGGAGAGGAGCGAGUUUGUGGCGAUGGCGAUGUCGCGUCAGUUCCGGGCGGAGGAAGGGCACCACCAGCCCCACCACCAUCAGCCCCACCACCAGCCGCAGCCGCAGCAUGGGGCGUACGAGAGGGGAUGCUACAGCAACAACCGUCACAGCAACAGGCCACACCAGAAACCGGUGAGGGGGAAACGAGCAAGGCAAGGAAGGAAGAGGACAGUGUGUGUAUCCUGUGAGUGCACUGCACUGUGUGUAUUGAUUGUGUGCUCCGUAUGUAUGUCUCAUUGUUCAGUUGGUGGAGUUCCGUGGCUCGCGCAUGCCUGCUUGGUCGCACUUUGACGCCAGCAGGAACUGA